AUGAUACACAGACCUAGAAGGCCUUUCUGGACACUUGACGCGCAUCGGAUACCAGUGUUGUCACUUUACAGGACACUUUUGAAAACAGCAAAACGUUUUGAUAAAGACAUCCACAAAAGAUUUCUAUUCUUUUCGUUAAGAGACAAGUUUAGGUCCCGGAGACAUGAAACUUCUCUCCAAAAAACAGCCAACUAUUUGAGGGAGGCAGAAGAGUGCAAGUCACUUUUAGAGAAAGCUCUUAAUGGCGAUCAGGAAUCUAUACAGCACAUUGAUGAUCUCUCGUGGGGAAGGAAAGGGAGAUUGAAAGAAGUUCUGGACGUGCCAAAACAUCACCCGUUUGUGUAUGACAUUCGCGUCUUGUCUUCACGCAAAAAAGAUUCCCAUCCAGUUUAUAGAAUACCUAUUGAUCCACGUGUUUAUACCCCUCCACCGGAACCUGUAUUACCACAAAGAAUCAAACGAAAGAAAAAACGUCCGCGUAGACCCGUUGUAAGGUACGAUGUAAUUACGUCAUUAGGCUAUCGUCUAUGGCGGGUACGUGGAUGGGAACAGCCAGCAUGGGUCUCAAUGAUGAUGAAUAAAAGGAUCAGACAACAUCAAAAGAGAUUAGAUAGAUAUCAGGAACUACAAGAACAACUGGCUAUGGUUGUGCUAGAGCAACGGAUGAUGAGCCAGCUGGGAGUGCCAGAUGAAGCUAAAGGAUUUGAUGAGCUUAUCAGAAAGGAACUGAAAGAGAGAAAACUAUUGCAAGAAAGCUUUCUCAAAGCACAAAAACAAAAAUCUCAAAAUGAGGAAAGAGACAUUAGCGUCUAA